AUGUCUGCAGCAGGCUUUAGUUAUAAUGUUACUGUAAAGGCUAUUGUUAAAAACAGUACUACUGACACUAAUUAAACCGUUUUUUAAAGGAGUUUUAUUAUGACUGUUGAUAAUACCUGCUAUUGCUCUAACAACUUUCCUUAAAUUACACAUCAAGCCUAAGAUAUAGCUAUUGUGGGUAUAAUCAAGAUAAACUUACAUAUUAAUUCACAUUAGGCUCUGCCUAGUUUAUAACUAUCCAACCAAGUUGGCAAAAUUAAUUGUAUCCAAGUUUUACCACUGAAAUUCAAGUAUUCAAUUGAUUAAGAUAAGUUUCAAUUCCAAAAUUAUUUCAGUCUUAAAAAAGAGAUUCUCAUUUAUACAAAUCAAAAAUUAGAACUACCAAUUUUUAUAUCAGAUGAAAUUAAAGAGAAUUUUUAUCUAAACUAUACUAAGAACGUUAAAAUUGGCAAUGCAUUGGGAUUUGUGCUUGACCUAUACUAAGGAUCAAAUAGUGAAAACUAAACAAGCAAUAUUUCAGAAAUGAAUCAAGAUGGCUUUAUUUAAAGUGAUUUGCUUUUCCUAAAACUUAAAAAUCUUAAAACCAGUAGAUCAAUUUCAGUCUAACUGACCAAAAUAUCUUUCAACGGUUUGGUCACAGUAUAGUUCAAUGACAGUUUGCUUAUGCCUAAAAAUUAAUCAAUAAUAGAAAUAGAGAAGGCUUUGAAAUUUAGAGUGAGAAAUGGAUAAGAUUCCUAAGUUAAUGAGGAAAGGUAAAAUAGAUCUGAUACUUUAGAAAUAGAGUUUGCUAAGAAUUAUUUCUUCGUUAACUAAAAGCUCAAUGCAAUGGUUAUCAAAGAUUAAAAAUUGCAAAAAAAACUUUCCCCAUAAAGUUAUAACUCUAGUAAGGAUACCUUCAAGUUAAUUUUAAUUAGCCGCAAUGAUAAUGCUAGGAAAUACUGCAUCUAGUGCAUCAAAUACUCUUAUGGCUGCAAUAUUUGUAAAUCUAUUUCUGCAGAUAUUUAUGAAAUUUUCAAUGAAAUUACUAUGGAGAAUGAUGGCUAUAUUGCAAUUAAUAGUUAACUUACCAUUAUUUGGAAUUAAUCUUCCAGCGAAUGUGAUUCAAUGUACAAAGGUUCUAAUCGACAUUUCAACCUUACAAAUUAUUGA